CCCUCCUGGCUGGCUAUGCAAAGAAGCGCUCGCUGGUGGAAUCCAUAUCAUCAAAGCAUUCCCCCCAUUCAUCUGUUUCUUAUUUUCACAGCUGGAUAUCAUCCGCUUUUCAUCUCAAUAACUGUUGUUCCCAUCGCCAAACGAUCCCUUCCUUUCAUCGUUCUUAAUUUAUAGCGCCUUUUCACCCGUCUUAUCGGUGCCUGGCUUAGAUCCGCCUCGGCCACCAUGCACCUCCGUUCGUGCCUUGUGGGGAGCGUUCUCGCUCUCGGCGCCAACGCCUUCCUCGUUAUCCCCGAAGUCGAGGAAGCCGUCGCCCCUGAGGGUAACUUCCCUCCCCUCCAUCCUUUGGAGGUUUAUGCUCCCAAGAAAGAGCAGGUUGAGCUUGCCUGCACCGAAUGUCCGUUCCGUGAAGUCAGCGAGGAUGGGAAGGUCAGCUGGACUGACGGCUUCCAAACCUCUUUGUUGGUUGACUUCUCCACUGAAAAUGGCUUCCUUCUGGCCAACGGUCGUCAAAUCUUCCCUCCGCCACCUCCCACUCUCAUCACUGCCGUUCAGCGCCGGGCGUCGGAUGGCGUAGAAACGGAACCCAUCCCGUUGGGAUACGCUGUGGAGGAGAUGCCCUUGCCUACUCCACCCGAGGACCCUAUGGAUUUGGUCGCUGUGCGUUUCACUGUCCUCGACCUCGACAGUCGCCCGGUCCCCUUGGAUACGGUGGCUUUGACGCUUCUCCAUGACCCUAGCAGCGGCGAGCUGUACAUCGCCAAGACUGAGAUCGAAGAAGCGACCCCCGACCGCGUCUCUUGGAAACAAUGCCGCGGAAAGCCGAAAUGCCUGAGGAAGCUGUUGUUCGACCGGAUGCGCGCCUUGUUCGCAGCGGCCAAGGCCCGUAUGCUUGGAAUGGCACCUAAGCCGAAGGGCUGCGGUGGUCCUCACGGUUUGGGCUUGCCUCCCCCGCCCCGGCCUCACCAUCACCACCACCACCACCCCGACGACAAGUUUGACCCUGAGCGCAUGCCGCCCAUGCCGCCCAUGGAGGGAGAGGAGGCUGGGUUCCACGGCCACAUGGACAAGUUUGACCGCCCCCACCAUCACCAUCACAUGCACCACAUGCACCAUGGCCAGUGGGAACGCACCGUCCACCGCGUGGUCCGUUUCAUCGUCGUUCCCGCUGUGCUGGGUGUUUUGGCUGGUCUGGCCGCGAGCGCUCUUGGUAUGCUGGUUGGCCAGAUCGUGGUCUUCAUGUGGCAGCGUUUCCGCCGUUCUACUCCCAAGAAGUCUUUGGAACAGGGCACUGUGUCCGAAAAGCAGGGUCUGAUGAUGGAGUCUGAAGAACUUCCCCCGGCGUACAGUGAUGAAGAGCCUGUAGCUGAGGAAGUAUCUUCGGCCAAGAAUUAAUUCGACCCACAAUAAUAUUUGCCCUCUUUUGCCCCUUCAUACCGCACAUUAAGAUACUGCACCGUUCUUGACCUUUGCUACAAAAAGAUGGAUUUGGCAAGACUUUCGGGGCACCCCUUAUUAAAAACAAAUACAUCUUUGAACUUUUCCUUGUUUCAUUCAAAGUGAUACUGUAAAGCGAACCCUCGUUUCAAUUUUCUUUCUCUUCUCGAAAAUUCUUUACAAAUUCAUCUUCAUUUGAUCAUGGUUUUCUGCGGGGAUUUAUAGUUCGCGCUCGGCUUUGCCCUGUCGGCUGUACCAAGCUACUAGUCAGACUUCACUAGUUUCCUUAUGUAGUUCCAAUAUGGUUAUAAGUUGUUCC